GAGACACAGAAUCCAAAGCAGGCUUCAGGCUCUGAACUAUCAGCACAGAGUCCGACGCGGGGCUCGAACUCACAAAACGCGAGAUCAUGACCUGAGCCGAAGUUGGACACUUAACCGACUGAGCCACCCAGGUGCACGUCUCUUCUCUCACCAAAUCAUCCCCACCUGGAGAGUGGAUGACACCCAGCUGGCUUUCCUCACUCCGUGUCUCCUGCACACCUGACUCCUGGGACCAGAGCCCUCACGGGCAAAGCCCCAGAGAUUGGCAGACUCCGCCACCCUCUGGAGCAAUAGAAAAAAGGGUGAGAUACCAGCGGUUAAGAAAUCGUCCUGGCACCCAGACAACCACAACAAAGGGGGAAGUUUCUACCCCUUUCAAAAUUGGUCCCUUUUCCUCUGCCCUUCCCCCCAUACCAACCCUGUGUACAGCCACAGCUUCAGUUUCCCAUGUGUCCUUUGUGUCAGUCUCCCCUCAAUGUCCUUGGAAUCUUUGUCUCCCCUGCUUGAGUGUUCCCUGUGCCCAGUCUUCCUAGGACACAACCUCCAACCUCCAACCUUCCUAUGAACAGCACCUCCCUCUGCCUGUGUGUCCCCUGUCACAGGGAGCUCUGGGUACCAACACCUACUGUUUCCUUGCUGGACAGUGACUCCAAGGGCAGUGCCUGGGGCUAGUGUGUGGUCUCAUGAGCAGGGAGGGGAGGCCUACCAUGUGGAUUCCAAGUGAGGGAGGACAGUUGACCUCCUCACACCUCCACCCCUGGCCUCCCCCAUCUCUCAGGUCCCUAUGUCCCCACAUGAGUUCCACAGACAUGUACAGCCUGUGAUUCAGGUGGUCUGGCCCAAAGGAACCCUUUUUCACUUUGCAAAAAAGUGACCCCAGAAGGGGAGGGGCAUUGGCAGGAAGGUAGGAGAUGGGGCUCGAGCCCUGCACAGGGUGUGAAUUUGGGCGAGGCUCUCACCCUCUCUGGCCUCUAGGCCCAGGAUCCCCAGCAGUGGAGAUGCGGUGGUGGAUGGCUGAUUCCCAAGGGCUGUCCCGGCCCUGACAGCGUCUGCGUGCGAGGUUCCUCCUCUGACGAGGGCCACUGUUCUGACAUCACUGUCACCUUCCUGUCGGGGCCUCCUCUCAGUCUUGCAGCUCUUAGCUUCUGAGAGACAGACCCGGAGAAACAGGCUCCCCGGGGACCCGGCACCUCCAAGCCCAGACAUGCUUCUGCUGCUGUUGGCCCUGCUCUGGGGGAGAGAGGGGGCCGAGGGCCAGAGGGGGGCCGGGAGGGGGCCACAGGGGGAUUACUGGCUGCAAGUGCAGGACGCAAAGGGGCAGGAGGGCCUGUGUGUGCGAGUGUCCUGCAGAUGCUUCUAUCCCCGGGAAGGCUGGUCUGAGUCUACCCCAGCUCUCGGCUACUGGUUCCGGAAAGGGGCCGGUGUACAACAGGAUGUUCUAGUGGCCACAAACAACCCAGAUGGAAAAGUGCGGCAGGAGUCCCAGGGCCGAUUCCGCCUCCUCGGAAACCCCCAGGACUACAACUGCUCCCUGGACAUCAGAGAUGUACGGAGAGGGGACUCGGGGACAUAUGUCUUUAGGGUGGAGAGAGGGCCUUCUGUGAGAUAUACUUACACACGUGACCAGCUCUCCGUGCGUGUGACAGCCCUGACCCAGACACCUGACAUCCUUAUCUCGGGGACCCUGGAGUCUGGACACCCCAGUAACCUGACCUGCUCUGUGCCCUGGACCUGUGCGUGGGGCACGCCCCCCAUCUUCUCCUGGACAUCAGCGGCCCUCGCUUCCCUGGGCCCCAAGACCCACCUCUCCUCUGUGCUCACCCUCACCCCACGGCUGCAAGACCACGGCACCGACCUCACCUGUCAGGUGACCUUGCCUGGGACCGGAGUGACCACAAUGAGGACCAUUCACCUCAACGUGUCCUCUCCCGUGGGGACUGAGGGCCAAUGUCCACCAGCCCUCUCCGUUGACGCCAAUCUGCCAUGUCUUUCUGUCCCAGAUUCUCCGUGGAACUUGACCGUCGCUGUCUUCCAAGAAAACGGCACAGCACCCACAGCCCUGGAGAAUGGCUCAUCUCUUUCAGUCCUGGAGAACCAGUCCUUGCGCCUGGUCUGUGUCGUCAACAGCAACCCCCCUGCCAGGCUAAGCUGGGCCCAGGGGCACCUGACCCUGUGUAGCCCGAACCCGGGGGUGCUGGAGCUGCCUCGGGUACAGGAGAGAGAUGAAGGGGAAUAUACGUGCCGAGCUCAGAACGCGGUGGGCUCCCAGCACGUCUCCCUGAGCCUCUUGCUGCAGAGAAAAGCAUGGCCUUUAUCAGAAAGGCUGCUGGGGGCAGUCGGGGGAGCAGGUGCAACGGCUCUGAUCUUCCUGGUUCUCUGCAUCAUCAUCAUCCUAGUGAGAUCCCACAGGAAGAAAGUGACAAAGCCUUCAGUGGGCACCGAGAAUACAGGCAUGGAGAGUGCAAACGUUGUCACGAGGGUCUCCUGAUUGAAGCCUGGGCAGGCAGCCUUCCCCCAGAUGCCGCCACCCCCUCCUUACGGGAGGAAGAAGAGCUCCAUUAUGCAACACUCAACUUUCACCAGACAGAGACUUGCUGCCCACAGGAACAGGUGG